GGUCGGAUAAAUAAGAUUCCGUUGAGCUUAGAAUUUUAUUAAAUAAAUAUUUAAUUAAAAAAUAUAAAAGGAAAUUUGAAAUUUAUGGGUUUAAAUUUUUUACGCAAACGUUUUUUUUUUAUAUACAAAUGGGUCACAAGAUCAUUACAAAUCUCUAUUACAUAAGUGAAGAGGGGAGGGGCAUUUCGGUAAUCCCACCUUUUCUGUCUCCAAUCAAAAAGACUAAUACACCAUUUACACUUUUACAGUUGCAACACAAAACUUUCGCGUACUUCCUCCGCCGUUCACUCUCACAUACUUUCUCACUUCUCCCUUCACUCAAAGAUCUCAAGUCUUCAGUUCUCUCUCAUCUUCGAUCUCAUCCUCAGGUUGAAGUAUGGUAUGACGACGCAAGUUCGGAGCAAGAAAUGGACGAUUCUGACGUUGAGUUUGUUGAGGUUGAUCUGAAUAAUCGCUACGGUAGGAUAGGUCUUUCUUAAUCGAAUUUCAUAAUUUUUGUUUAUUUUUGUAAUUACGGCAUUUUGGGAAAUUACAACAAGGUGAUGAGUUUGGAUUUUGUAUUUAGUUAUCUUGGGGGUCUCUCCCUUUUGUACUUUGACUUGUACCGGGACUUGUAACUCGUUGGAAAUAUUUCUAGAAGAGCUUCAUUCUAUUUUAGAUUUGGACAAGGCUUAUUUUAGGGGAAUUUCAACCCGUGGAAGCUAUUGUAUUAUUUUAGGGGAAUUCCAACCUGUUUUUCGUAGGCUUUUAGAACUUAUAUUAUUUCAGGGGAGUUUUUAACCCAUUGGAAGCUCUUGGAAUUUGAAGAUUUAAAUUAGGAGUAUUUCAAGGGGAUUUCAACCAGUACCGAAUGAGGGAUUUGUAUUUUUGGGGGGAUUUUCAACCCAGUAUAGGAAAGUUUUUUAAUUUUGGACUAUUUCAAGGUAAUUUCAACCCAUUGGAAAUGUUUUGGAAUUUUACUAUUUCUGGGGACCGGAGGGAAUAUUCCGAGAGGAAUAUAUUCUUAUUUUGCAAGUCAGACCGGACAUCGUGUUGUGCUGGACCGGAUACCUCCUCAUCAUCAGCUCAUUGGAAACCCACAACAACUACUAUUACUAUUAUGUUAUGAAAUAUUAUGUGGAUGCCCAUUAUACCCCUAGUAUCUUUCCGGAAUAUUCUAGAUCUAGGGUUUAUUCUUCUCCAAGAAAAGCCUAUUCUAUUGUAUGUAUAUAUACUCUAUUGUUCAAGAAUAAAAUGCACAGUUGUUUC